ACCUUGUUCAGGUCCGUGAACCCACUCCCCCUGAAGGGCACUCCCUGUGAAUGACCCAGUUUAAAGUGUAGAGCGAAGAAAACACGAAUUCUUUCAGAUCACCAUCGUUCCUCAGCAAGCGGCCGCGGUCGCGGUGUCUGUCUCGGGAACGCCAUCGCUUUGUCUCCCUCCCCUCGUCUUUUUCGUCGUCGCUCCUUACAGCAGCGCCACCUUCACCACCGAGGCGUCUUCAAAGCGUGGACACAUACGACCAACUCCUACAAUUUAUCGCACAGUUUGUUGAUCAGGUAAUCAAAACAAAUCGACGAAAAUGUCGGCCGCUAUGUUGUUGAAGGGUACGGGCCCGGGGAAGAUGGGCAUGGAAGAGGCGGAGGUCGUUCAUCGAAUUAGAAUUACGCUGACUUCGCGCAAUGUGAAGAACCUCGAGAAAGUGUGCGCCGACUUGAUCAAAGGCGCAAAGGAGAAGCGCUUGAAGGUCAAGGGUCCAGUGAGGAUGCCCACAAAGGUUCUGCGUAUCACUACAAGGAAGUCUCCUUGCGGAGAAGGUACGAACACGUGGGAUUCCUUUGAGAUGAGAAUUCAUAAGAGGCUGAUUGACCUCCACAGUCCAUCGGAAGUCGUCAAGCAGAUCACUUCCAUCAGCAUCGAGCCCGGUGUGGAGGUUGAGGUCACGAUCAACGAUGUGGCUUAAGUGAACGCGCCCUCGUCGGGAGAAGGAGAGGUGAAGGGAAGUAGAGUCUGGAUGACGGGUCGAAUACGCGCGCGACUAGAUUCCCAGAUUGUGAGGGAGAAAGGGAGAAGAACCUACCUGUUCUCCGCUUUCCAAGCAGGAUAGGAUAUGUGGCUCUGAACUCAUUCGAAGGCGUUCUGCCUUAAUGAUGGCAUACGGUUGUUGAUGAUCGGAUUUUUGAGUGGAUUGAGUUUUUACGAAAAUCGGGUACGAUCGGGUGUGCUAGCGUUUUUUGUUCUUUGCACGGAUUCAUGUGUUUUAUUGAUUUGUUGUUUAUUCAAUUCUCUCUCUCCUUGUCAGCGUCUCCUUGUUAUGUUUGAAUCACCCUAAUAUGUCCGGAUGGAUGUGAUUCGAUUCGUUGCGCCGUGUUUCCCCCCCCUCUAUUGACGACUGCGACGUGCCAGUUUUGUAAGAGUGCCAAAUUGCAGAGAAAAUUAUGUUUGAAUCACCCUAAUAUAUGUCCGGAUGGAUGUGAUUCGAUUCGUUGGGCUGUGUUCCCCCCCCYCCAAUUGACGACUGCGACGUGCCAGUUUUGUAAGAGUGCCAAAUUGCAGAGAAAAAACCCACUUAAUGACCAGCAUUACACUACCUGAUCAACUAGACAGAAGAAAGAACUCCAAUCCCCCGAGCGCAUGUAGCAUUGAAGAGAACAUGGAAGUACGCGUGUCAGUUGUGCAAAAUCGCUGGAAAACAAUCCAUGAAAUGAUGAGCAUAUCGCAACAUGAUGGACGGCAAUGAACUCCAAUCUGAGUGCUUGCUUGUAGCAUUGAAUACUGCGUGGAAGUACACAUGCGAUUUGGCGUAGUUUAUGAUCUGCAUCUCUGCAACGCGUCAGAUUAAGCAGCGUGAUUUUGUUUGUUGAGCUUCUUGUCUGCCACGUGGCAGGUCUAGCAGCUCCAUAAUGGCUCUGCACUACCAUCUUCCCCCGGAAAGAACGACCGGUCGUUGUAGUACGGCUGUAAUCAAUGAUACGGCUCUGCAACCGGGCGUUCUAUUCGGGUGAGGAUUGUAGUACUCUUCAGAUGCAGAUUGGAGUACGCUUCAGAUGCAGAUGGUAGUGUAGAGCCAAUGUAGUUGCAUCUGAAGCGAAAGUCUCACAAAAUACGGUUGGAAUGACCCGGCGUUCUAUUCAGGUGGGGAUGGUCGUCUGGCAGGUAUGCGGCCAAGGAAGUACGCAUCUGCCAUGUGGCCGAUCAAUCAGGUCGACCGUCGCCGAUGUAUUUCAUGGGCAGGACGGUGACGACACACACCGUCUUGCUUUACGUGGUUUGAACCCAAUUCCAUCUCUCUUUCUCUCUUAUAUCUGAGUCUGUGAGGAUUCGAGCGGAUGUUUUGUCAUGGUUUGUAAUAGGGGGAUGUGGGGACCACCAACCAGAUAGGUGCGGGACGUCCGCACGAAAUGGUUGGAAUGAUAAUAGUACAGAGAUAGAGGAGUUUGAUUAGCAUCAUCGGCCCCUAAGCAUUCGAGCAUGACAUGCACAAGUCAAAGAAAGAGUUCAGAUUUUCAAAGUGACAAUGGAUGGGAUCGGGAGGCCAUCCAUCAUCGGCCCCUAAGCAUCAUCUGGAUUUUCGUACGCUAGACACUAGGCACGAAAUACCGCAAACGAUGUAAUCACUUCAGUUUUCGGUCAAAAUCACAAGGCCAGACGCU